CACGCACUUGCCUCUUUCUAUUGUUACCUUGACGCCAAUACACCUCAAGAUUCAGCUUGAAUUGAAUUCUCAGUUAAUUAAUUCUUCGACAAUCUUUACAAGAUUUAUCAAUUAAGAGGUUGGUUGCUCAUCUUUAAUGAUUCUUAAUUUGUAUUUCCAUUUUUUUGUCUGAAAGGUGAAACCUUGGGUUGCAGAUCGUGGGCAGAACUGGCCUUGUAAUUCUUUGUCUGUUUUAGUUAAAUACCCAUUAUUGUUGAUCUCCUCGGGAAUUUAAGGUUCCAUAUUCCGACUUCAUAAAUUUUUGGUUACCAAAAUUUAUCUCGAUUGAGAGUUUUUGGGAAAUUUUUUGAAAUUCAUGGACUAUCAAAAGAUUGUAUAGUGGGUAAUGAUUUCUAGGGCUAACUGUAGAGGUGAAAUUUGAAAAUCUUGAAACUGGGACUGAAGUUUUUGGGAUUACAUCAACGUCCGUAUGGCCAGUCAACCGCAAUCUUCCGUUGGGCAUUCUGUUACUAUGACUCCUAGCCCAGGCACCCCAUCAGCACGCCCAGAUACAAAAUUGGGCACCCCUCCUUUCCCUACACCACCACCAUCAUCAUCACCAUCACCAUCUCCAUCAGGGCCAAGAUUUCCUCCUCCACCAUUUAUACAAUCAAACCAGAUUCCUUCUCCGUCAAUGAAGACUCCAAAUUUACCAUCACCAGCAAAUGGAAUCCGAACAGGUAGCCCUGUUCCUCGAAUGAGCACUCCACCUGGCCCUCCUGUGUUCUCUUCGCCUCUCCAACCAGCUGCCGUUCCAUUCAGAACUUCUCCCGCGUCUCCUCAGCCUGUAGCAUUCUCCUUGGGCUCGUCUUUACCUACAUCAUCGCCUCCCCAUUUUUCCAAUGGGUCAGCUCAGUUGCAGCACCAAAUUUCUGACGUUACAGAGGAAUUGGCUCAUGUUGCAGAAUCUCCAAAUGUUUUAUUCUCAGCUCACAAGGUGCUGAAACAGAAGAAACUAGCCAAUGUACCCAGUUUAGGUUUUGGGGCAUUAGUUUCUCCAGGAAGGGAGGUUUCACCAGGUCCUCAAAUAAUACAACGUGACCCUCAUCGCUGCCAGAAUUGUGGAGCUUAUGCCAAUCUCUACUGCAAUAUUUUACUUGGCUCAGGCCAGUGGCAAUGUGUAAUUUGCCGAAAUUUGAAUGGAAGCGAAGGGGAAUAUAUAGCUCCCAGCAAGGAAGAGCUUCGAAAUUUGCCAGAACUAUCCUCUCCUUUGGUCGAUUACGUCCAGACUGGGAACAAAAGACCUGGCUUUAUUCCUGUGUCUGAAUCUAGAAUGUCAGCUCCUAUAGUUCUGGUAAUAGAUGAGUGUUUAGAUGAGCCACACCUGCAGCAUUUACAAAGCUCCUUGCAUGCAUUUGUUGAUUCUUUGCCCCCAACAACAAGACUAGGGAUUGUGCUCUAUGGCCGCACAGUUUCUGUGUAUGAUUUUUCAGAAGAAUCAACUGCAUCUGCAGAUGUACUUCCCGGUGACAGAUCACCCAGUCAGGAGUCCUUAAAAGCUUUGAUCUAUGGGACCGGGAUAUAUUUGUCUCCUAUUCAUGCUUCCCUCCCUGUUGCUCAUGCUAUUUUUUCAUCGUUAAGGCCAUAUAAAUUGAAUCUACCUGAAGCUUCCAGGGACCGCUGCUUAGGUACAGCAGUGGAGGUUGCCAUGGCCAUAAUUCAGGGGCCCUCAGCAGAAAUGUCCAGAGGGGUUGUUAAAAGGCCUGGUGGAAAUAGCAGAAUAAUUGUGUGCGCUGGUGGACCCAGUACUUUCGGUCCUGGUUCUGUUCCUUAUUCUCUCAGUCAUCCAAACUACCCACAUAUGGAGAAAAUAGCGUUGAAGUGGAUGGAGAAUCUAGGCCGUGAUGCUCACAGACGUAACACAGUGGUUGAUCUACUAUGUGCCGGAACAUGUCCAAUAAGAGUUCCUGUUUUGCUGCCUCUUGCAAAAGCGUCCGGUGGUGUUUUCAUUCUCCACGAUGACUUUGGAGAAGCAUUUGGUGUGAACUUGCAGAGGGCAUCUACAAGGGCUGCAGGUUCCCAUGGUUUAUUGGAAAUCCGUUGUUCAGAUAAUAUUUUUGUUAGUAAGGUGGUAGGUCCUGGUGAGGAAGCACACACAGACAGUCAAGAAACAUUUAAGAAUGACGGUGCUCUUGCAAUACAGAUGCUUAGUGUUGAAGAAACACAAAGUUUUGCAGUAUCAUUGGAGACUAGUGGAGACAUCAAGAGUGAUUUUGUGUACUUUCAGUUUGCUAUUCAAUAUUCAAAUAUCUAUCAAGCUGAUGUCUCAAGAGUGAUUACUGUUAGAUUGCCUACCGUAGAUAGUGUUUCAGCAUAUCUAGAGAGUGUUCAGGAUGAAGUAGCUGUGGUUCUUAUUGCUAAGAGAACUCUUUUACGAGCCAAAGACUCAGCUGAUGCUCUUGAUAUGCGAAAAAUGAUAGAUGAGAGAGUUAAAGAUAUUGCUAAUAAGUUCGGCUCCCAAAUGCCCAAGUCAAAGCUUUAUCGGUUUCCCAAGGAGCUCUCUUUAUUGCCUGAACUGCUAUUCCAUCUCAGAAGAGGCCCACUUCUCGGAAGUAUACUUGGUCAUGAAGAUGAGAGGUCUGUGCUGCGGAGCUUGUUCCUCAAUGCAUCCUUCGAUCUAUCUCUUCGUAUGGUGGCACCUCGCUGUCUAAUGCACCGGGAAGGUGGAACUUUUGAGGAACUUCCGGCUUAUGACCUUGCUAUGCAAUCUGACGCUGCAGUUGUUCUUGAUCAUGGCACUGAUGUCUUUAUUUGGCUGGGUGCUGAACUUGCUGCAAAGGAAGGAAACAGUGCUGCAGCUUUGGCAGCUUGUAGGACAUUGGCUGAAGAGCUCACUGAAAUGAGAUUUCCAGCUCCUAGAAUUCUUGCAUUUAAGGAGGGAAGCUCUCAGGCUCGAUAUUUUGUUUCUCGACUGAUACCAGCACACAAGGAUCCCCCUUACGAGCAAGAGGCAAGAUUUCCUCAGCUUCGAACUUUGACUACAGAGCAGCGAACUAAACUAAAGAGUAAUUUUAUUCAUUUUGAUGAUCCUAGCUUCUGUGAGUGGAUGAGGAGCUUGAAAAUAUUGCCACCAGAACCAAGCUGAGAAAUGCCGAAAUCCUUUUCUUUUGAUAUACUCAAUUUUUAAUCGUUGCCCUUUUCGUAGAUAUUUGUAAUUGAAGCUUUUCAUACCAUGUGGAACAUAGAUGCUUACCAGUUAAUCAUAAUCUUUCUCGAUCCAAUUUUUUAUGGCU